AUGCCAGACGAGGCUGAACAGGUUGCUGAGUUUAUAUCUGUUACCAAUUCAUCGAGAAAUUUGGCAGAACAGUAUUUGCGGAGAAACAACAAUGAUAUAGUUGAAGCGAUUGAAGAUUACUAUGCCAACAAUGAGAACAAGCAAUUUCAACAACAACAAGAAGAAGAAGAAGAAGAAGAAGAAGAAGAAGAAGCAAGGAAAAGUGACCAGCCACGGUCACAGCAACAGCACUCUUUAAACCCUCUUUCACGGGUCAGGGCAGGAGCACCAACAAGCUCAUCAUCUAAGAAAACAAAAAGAAAUGCAGGUGGGAUCACAACGUUUAGAGAUUUAAAUCAGGAAGAUGAAGAUCUGGAAGAUGAUAGCACAAACCAGAAUUUUUUCACCGGUGGGGAAAAAUCAGCUUUGCAAGUUGAAGAUCCCAAUAAGGAUAGGUCCAAUAACAAGAAAGGUCAAAGCCUAAUUGACCAGAUUUUUCAAAGAGCAAGGGAUCAAAUAGAUAUGCCUGAUGAUCGUGAUAGUGCAAGAGCGCCACAAGAAGAGCAAGAAAGAACAGUUGCAUUUUCAGGAACUGGGUUUAAAUUGGGCGACGGUAGUGAACCAAGUGAAGUGAUUGAAGACCCAAAUGCUCAGACGAGGAGAAAUUUGUUGAAUCAGUUUAGGCCAAAGAAGGUCAAUCGAGAAAUAACGUUUUGGAAACAAGGUUUUACUGUGGGAGAGAGUCAAUUGUAUAGCUAUGACGACCCAAAAAAUCAAAGAAUUUUGUAUGAAAUCGAACAAGGAAGAGUUCCAAUUGCAAUUUUGGAAGUUGAGCUUGGCGAUGAUGUGGAUGUGACUGUUUCAAAGAGGACAGACGAGGAUUAUGUGCCUCCAAAAAAGAAAAUCGGAGGGUACCAUGGUGCGGGACAAAGACUAGGCUCGCCAGUUCCUGGAGAAGGUAUUUCAACAAGCCAAGCUGAGGAGAAGGAGACGACUACAGAGACGGAGACGGCGACGGAAACAGCGACGAUGACGGCGACGUCAUCGGCAUCGACUACUGAGACGAAGGGAAGAAACACAAAAGGCGAAGGGGAAGGCGACUCAUUGGUACAAAUAAGAUUUGCCAACGGGAAAAGAGUCUCUCAAAGGUUCAACUCUUAUGAUCCAAUAACAUUGGUAUAUGAUUUUGUUAGAAAUCACGAGUAUAAUAGAGAUAACGGUAAUAGAGAAUUCACCUUGAGCCAUUCUUUCCCCGUGAAACCAAUAGAAGAGAAUAGUGAAAUUACCGUAUCUGAUGCAAAGUUGAAGAAUGCCGUCAUCAAUGAUAUUCCUGUACCACAACUGCAAUUUCAAACAUGUCAAAAUCUUGAAGACUUGAUUCGUGACUAUUAUACUGAGAAGAGCCGGUUUAAGAAUAGUUUUGCCCAGAUUGAUAAGCAAGGCGCUCGAAACGUGGAUAUUGAUCCUUUCCCCCAUUUUGAUCCUGUGGACUUUCCUGAUAUACUCCAUGCAAGUAGGUUCAAUGUCCCUCAACUUGGGUCUGUGGUAGAGUUUAUCCAAAAUAAUACUAGGGUUUCUGAAAUUGGAUUUGGAGUUGUUGUACAAGACUCGGCGGCAAGAUUUGACGAAAGGUUCAACCAUGUACUAGUUCUUACAGCUAGCAAUGAAAUUGUCCAAGUCAAACCCUUAGAUAUCAAGUUUCACUUGCACAAAGUGAUACCUGACGGCUAUAUAGAUUUUGAAAGUAUAAUUUUACAACGACACCGGCUAACUCACUCAGAGCGUACCAAAGCUAUUCAAUUCAUUGGCAACUUUAUUCAAGAUGCUUUGUUUUACAAAAGGCGUUUAUCGCCCCAUUUUGGCCAAGUGUUUGGCCAGUUUUCACAAGACCAAAUAGUUCCACUAUCCAUUCUAGAUGUGAUAGAUUCAUUACGGUUUGUUGAAUCGGACAUUUUAAGAAUUUCCCAAUCUUACUACUACCAGUGCGUUUUUCUUUUAGGCAUUCAUUGGAAUUUAAUCGACUCAUGCAUGUUCCUUGUGCCCAAUUACGUUGGACCAUCGGUUUCAAAUGUAGUUUUAUGGCAACAUUCCAACAAUUAUUCUUCAACUGCACAGUAUUUUGUCAACACAGAACAAAGUUGGCAAAGUAUUUUCAAUUUUUUACAGAGUAUGUCGAGUGGCGAAGAUGGUUGUGAUGAAAGCUUUGUCACUAAACGGAUAAACGAUUUCAUAGCAAGUGCUAAACAAAUGACUAAAGCAGAAAUGAAGGUUUAUUUUGAAGUUUUUGAAGGCAGAUAUUUUGUGGACUUUAUUAACGCUUUAAAGUUUGCAGUCAUGUAUCCGCAUGAUUCCAUUAUCAACCAACUACGCAAGCUAGACGUUUUCCAGUAUGGUUGUUCACCAGCGAGUAUCUACCUGCUAUUGGUAGAUUUGAAAGCGUUUAGUUUCGAGUCUUCAAAAUACCCAGAUAUGCUUUAUGCACUGGGAAUCUUUGGAAAAACAACUAAGGAUGCAGGUAUUCAAACCCCAAGUGUACUUUUCACCAGAGACAAUUUUAAACAUUUGAGAAAUUCGAAACGAUACUACAAAGAUCAUACAAUUUAUGGGCUAUUGGAUGAAGUUCAAGAGAAAGAUAAAGAUACCGGAAGUAGCUUUGGUAUUUCUAUGGAAUCUUUGAACUCUCGAAAACAUGUUGUGAACAUACACAUACCCGACAUCAUCACCCGCAUACAACCAGGUGGUAAUAUUUUUCGGAAAAUCUUUAACCACAGUGGUAUUAUACAACUGUCUAUACUAUUUCCAAAUGGGAUCCUGAACGGGUUAUUUUCCGAUGCUUUUAAGAGGCAAAUGAGUUUUCAAAACUAUACCAAUUAUGAUGUCGAUGAAGAAAUUUGGAACAAUAGUUCUGAUUUUUCGCAUGACAAAAGGGUUAUUCCUAACUAUUCGUUACAAGCUACUUGUCUUACUGUAUCGUUUCAGUUUAGUUCGUUUCUUUCAAACCCCUUUGAAUCCUUACUUGGUAAAGUAUCAAUAAGUUUUGACUCACUAGCUGGCGUUAGUGUUAAAAACGUCACAAAAGACCAAUUGCAGAAAUGCCUCACAGGGCAACUUGAACCAUCUUUUUUCAAGUUUCUCAGACGACAUAAGCAACAACAACAACAACAAAAACAGCAACUUCAAGAACCAAAACAAAAACAGGAACAAGAACAACAAGAACAACAAAACACUAACGCUCAAAACAAUCAGACGUCCUCGCAUUUGAAUAAGGCGGAUAUUCAUAACUUGAACUAUAUAUACAAUAUUCUUCAAACUUUUUUCAAAACAAGAGUUCAUGCUGGCUCCAAUGCUAUGAAAUCGUCUCCUGAUUCAGGUGUCGUUGAAUCUUUUGAUCCUGGAAAGGCGUCUUUGCAAUUUCUUCCAUCGUCAUCACCAUCACCCAACGCUGCUUCCUCCAAUAUUUUCUUGUCCUCAAGUCUGUAUACGCAAGCAGAAUUUAUGAUUCAAGAGGCGCGUAUACUCGCAAAUUACUUGACUACAGUGUUUUGCGAUGAGAACAAAAUACCUGUUAUCAGAACUGGACAGGACAAAGAUACACUCGAAUACGAAAAGGAUUCAGUAAUUGUUCAUCAUGAUAAUAUCAUGAUCCCCCCUUUCGAAGCUAAGUCAUACUUUCAGAGCAUCAUGGCAAAGGAUGUUAACGGACAUAUAACUCCUAAUGCAAAAAUAAUAUCUAAUAAUUACUUACAACCAGUAUCAACUAAUUUACUGGCAUCUAACUUGGAUUUCACAUUGGGUUUGGAUAGAGCGUGUAUAAACAUUACAGAUACCUUUAAUUCAGGAGAGGUCUUAAUGAACCAAUUGCAACUAUUAUCGCACGUGCAGGAACGGUUUAGUAAUGAGACGAUGCACACUACUCAAGAUUUGUUAGCCUCAGCUGGCAAAUUUAAUUUUGUAAAGGGUGAAGGAUACCUUUUAAAUGGUCCUUUGGACACGAUCCUGAUUAGUGAGUAUGUUCGAAAUCUACAAAAAUUCAAAAAAGCCGAUUUUCUUUGGAAGUAUACGGCGAAGAGGUUCCGAGUUUUGGAGAAGUUGCAAAAAUUGCAAAAUGAUAAUGAUGAUUCAUACAAUUUGUGGUACAGGAAAUUCUCUUGCAUUGUAACACAUGUUGACCAUUGUACAUUUGGUAAACUUUGGAAAGCAUUUUGUUUGGAGUUGGGUAUUGAGGUUGAUAUUUUAUGUAUUGACGACCGUGAUGCUCAAAUCGGCGACAAAGUGAUUUGUGACGAAAUCAUACAUCUAGACCCAGUUUCAGGUACCUGCCUUUUGAUCAGUGUUCCAAGUAUCUAA